AAUGAAACACGAGAUCCGUCAACAUCAUCCAUCCAAUCAAAUAAGAGACUCGCGUUAUAUGACCUCCCAGUGAUUAGCCGCGACUUACCCCUAAAACUAAACUCCUAAUCUCUCACGGCUCUCCUCCUCUGACCCAGAAUUCUCAGUUUCAUCACCACAAUUCGAUCCCGGAUCUGAUCCGUUUCUAUCUAGAUCAGAGCACCAAUGGCGGAUAUGGCGAGCAUGGAUCCAGAAGGUAUGGAUGGAGUUCGUAUGACUUGGAAUGUAUGGCCUCGCACUAAGGUUGAAGCUAGCAAGUGCGUGAUUCCACUCGCCGCCUCGAUUUCUCCGAUCCGUCGUCACCCCGAUAUCCUUAAUCUCGAUUAUGCUCCUCUCCAUUGCCGCUGUAGCGCUGUUCUCAAUGCCUUCGCUAGUGUUGAUUACCGCGCCAGGAUCUGGAAAUGCCCUUUUUGUUUGCAUACGAAUACUUUCCCGACUCACUACCAUAGCAUCACUCAGGAUAAUCUCCCUGGUGAGCUUUAUCCUCAGUGCACCACUGUUGAAUACGCGGUACCGUCGUCUGUCCCCGGUGUUGGUGUUCAGUUCGAUCCGAGAACUGGUGCUCCUGUUGGCCCUCCUCUGCCUCCGCCUGUGUUUGUGUUUGUUCUUGAUACUUGUAUGAUUGAGGAAGAAUUGGGAUAUGCCAAAUCUGCGCUUAAGCAGGCCAUCGGGUUGCUUCCGGAGAAUGCUUUGGUGGGGUUUGUGUCGUUUGGUACUCAGGCUCAUGUGCAUGAAUUGGGCUUCUCUGAGAUGUCUAAAGUUUUUGUCUUUAAAGGCAACAAAGAAGUCACCAAGGAUCAAAUUUUGGAUCAGUUGGGACUUGGGUCUUCCUCGAGGAGAGCUCCCACUUCUGGGUUUCCUAGAGGAGCGCAAAACGGAUUCCAGAGUUCAGGAGUUAACAGAUUCCUUUUGCCGGCUUCAGAGUGCGAGUACACAUUGGACUCGCUUUUGGAUGAGCUCCAAACAGAUCAGUGGCCUGUUCAGCCAGGUCAUCGUCCCCAAAGAUGCACAGGUGUGGCAUUAAGUGUAGCUGCAGGAUUGCUUGGUGCUUGCUUGCCUGGAACUGGGGCUAGAAUUGUAGCUUUGGUUGGAGGUCCAUGCACAGAGGGCCCUGGAACGAUUGUCUCAAAGGAUUUGUCAGAUCCUGUGCGCUCCCACAAAGAUCUAGAUAAAGAUGCUGCUCCUUAUUAUAAAAAAGCUGUUAAGUUUUAUGAUAGUAUUGCAAAGCAGCUGGUCGCUCAGGGUCAUGUGUUAGACCUUUUCGCUUCUGCACUUGAUCAGGUUGGGGUUGCUGAAAUGAAAGUUGCAGUUGAAAGUACCGGUGGUCUCGUUGUUCUGUCUGAAAGUUUUGGCCAUUCUGUAUUUAAAGAUUCCUUCAAGCGGGUGUUUGAAGAUGGCGAGCAGUCUCUUGGCCUCUGCUUCAAUGGCACGCUUGAGAUCAAUUGUUCAAAAGACAUCAAAAUUCAAGGGGUUAUUGGGCCUUGCUCAUCAUUAGAAAAGAAAGGUCCCAAUGUUGCCGACACAGUCAUUGGAGAGGGUAAUACCAGUGCUUGGAAGUUGUGUGGCCUCGACAAGAGUACCUGUUUGACUGUAUUCUUUGAUCUAUCUUCAACCGGGUCAAAUGCUCCUGGACCUGCAAAUCAGUUGUAUUUGCAGUUCGUCACAAGAUACCAAAAUCCUGAAGGUAAAAAUUUACUCCGGGUUACAACUGUAACCAGACAGUGGGUAGAUACUGCUGUGAGCACAGAGGAACUUGUGCAAGGCUUUGAUCAAGAAACUGCUGCUGUGGUUAUGGCAAGAUUAACUUCCUUAAAAAUGGAAACAGAGGAGGGAUUUGAUGCUACUCGGUGGCUAGAUCGGACUCUCAUUCGUCUCUGUUCAAAAUUUGGUGAAUAUAGAAAGGAUGAUCCAACCUCGUUUACGCUGAAUCCAUAUUUUUCAUUGUUCCCUCAGUUCAUGUUUAACCUGCGACGGUCACAGUUUGUUCAGGUAUUUAACAAUAGUCCUGAUGAAACCGCAUACUUCCGCAUGUUGCUAAACCGGGAGAAUAUUUCAAAUGCAACUGUCAUGAUCCAACCAUCACUAACGUCAUAUGGCUUUGCUCAGUUAUUGCAAGUUCCUCAAGAGGAUUCCCAGAUGUUAGUGAAGGAGCGUUUCCCAGUCCCAAGAUUAGUUGUGUGUGAUCAACAUGGAUCACAGGCAAGGUUUUUAUUGGCUAAGCUGAAUCCAUCAGCAACUUACAACAAUGCAAACGAGAUGUCAGCUGGGUCAGACAUAAUUUUCACUGACGAUGUGAGCCUGCAAGUCUUUUUUGAGCAUCUUUCGAAACUGGCCGUGCAAUCCUGAGGGAAGUAGUCGAGUCGACCCAGUUUUUUUUUUCUGCUUAAAUUAUCCAUAUCUUCCUUAUUACCAGCAUGCCCGUUUGUACCAUCUUAGAGCUCUUUGUUAUUCUCACAUUAAUACAUCAUGGAAGGUACUCGCAUAGUUGAAGCCUUUUAUUUGCAUUGGAUUUGUCUGGAGUACAGAGAUUUACUGUUUACUGUUUUUUCUUCUUGGGAUGAGAUCUUGUAUGAUCAAUUUUAUAUGGUUUGGUUCACUGGCUUUAGUACUUUUGGACAUCCUCUCUGCUUCUGAUCCAGUAUGUUGCCCUACUGUGUUUUUUUACUUUAUUUUGUUGAGCUCUGAAUCCAAAUGACGCUGCGAGAUUUGGUUA